GAUUGAAUCCACCGAAAUUACGAGACUAAUCAGGCAAUACCUUCUCCUUUAUAUAUUUGCCACCCUCCCACACUCUCCGACGUCUACACCGAAAGCAUCCAGUCCCUGCGCCGCGCCGCGCCACCUAAACAGGGGAGCGGGAGCACCCCAUCGCCCACGCCACGAUGGCGUCGUCGUCCAGCUCGGCGGACGAGAGCGGCCGCAAGCGCAAGAGAGACUCCGCCACCGAUGGCGAGCAGGGGCCGUCGUCUCAGCCUCCGUCCAAGUGGCGGACGCGCCGCGCGCGCGAGACCUACUCGUCCAAGCUCUACGACGCGCUGCGCCUCGUGCGCACCGGGACCAGCCUCGCCCCGGCGCGCGGCAGCUCGCGGUGGAGCCGCGCCAUCCUCGCCCGCCGCCGCGUGCGCCUCCCUCGCGCGUCUGCCGCGCCCCCGCCUCCGCCCCCGGCCGCGAGCUCCAGGUCCGCGCAGCCGGCGCUGGCGAGGAAAGCGAGAGUGCUAGGCCGGCUGGUGCCAGGGUGCCGGAAGCUGGCGUUCCCGGCGCUCCUCGCCGAGGUGUCCGACUACAUUGCCGCGCUGGAGAUGCAGGUGCGCGCCAUGAACGACAUCGCGCAGGCCCUCUCGUCCGUCUCCGCCCCCGGCGGCUCCUCUCCGUCGACAUCGCGAUCCAGCUAGCCUGAGUGAUGAUUCCUGCAAUCAAAUCUGCUGUGCAUGUACAUGUGUUUGUGUUAGUUGGGCUGCCUGUUAGAGUGGUGAAGUGGGUGAUGGUCUUUAACCCGCGCGCGCUAGGAUCAUGACAUAACACUUGUUCGUUGCCUGUUACUCCCUCGGGAUUUUGUCCUCUUGUUUCGCCAUUGCCGCGUUGGUGAAGGUAAAUGCAUGAGAACUUGAUAGGUUUUUAGAGUGAGUUCUUGCAGCAAUCAAAGGGUGCAUUAUAUUAUAUUGGUGCUUGUGAGCCUUUCUUCAACCUCUGCCAGCCCGACGCUGACUCGCUUCCCCUCCUCCGGCAAUCUCCUUCGGCGGCGCCACGGCCACUGUUCCUCCGCGGCAGAGGAUUGAAUAACACGUCUGAGCGCGUAAUGACUGGUGGGGUGGCAGGCAGGGGAUGGACGGUGUCGCGGUGCCAUUGGCGCCUUGCCGUCCACAUGCAUUACGUAC